CGGGUGGUGGUGGCACUACCCAACAACCCACAAUCUAGCGCUGGAGGUGUGGCCCGAGGAGGGCGAGGACGAGGCCGAGGUGGCCGACGGGGCUUUCGCCUCCGAGGAUUUUACGGCCGGGGAGAGAAUGGCGCCCUCUCUCGGGGCCGGCCGGCCCUCAUGGCCCACGAGCAGCAGCAACAGCAGCACCGACAGCAACAGAAUCAACAGCAACAGCCUCAGCCUCAGCCUCAGCCUCACACCCAGCCCCAGCUCCAGCAGCACAGCAGCAGCCUCAGACACAGGCCCAGGCCCAGGCCCAGGCCCAGACCACCAAUUGGUGGUGAUAUUUUUCAAGUUGUUUUUAAAGUUGUGUUUUAAGUGGUUUGACAAUGGAACUGUUGAAUGAUGAAAUAUGCCGAAAAUGCCUACAGCCAACGUGAAUAAUCUCUACCCAGCGGCUGGCCCAGGUCUAGCGGGGGGAAGAGCUGGA